AUGGCAAACCAGGAGGGGUUUCCAACGGCUCACCCGGAUACCCUACCAUACGAAUCAAGUUAUCGUGAAUAUGUACUGCGGCUGUCAAAGGAGGAGGUUGAAGUAGAAGAACUCGAAAUUCUUCGUCAACAAGCACUGGAUCUCGGCUUGUCUAUCAAGGGCGACAGCGUAAAGCCAAACGGAAGGCUGGAGCCUACCUCGGAAACUUGCUCUUCUUCGACAACAACCUCGUCAACCCUGGUAUCACCCAGUCAAGUCACUAUUCCUUCGUCGGUGUCGUCCUCAACUCAAAGAGUGCCCAGUAGUGCUCAUUCCGUCUCAUCAAUGGCAACCUGUCCGCCUACAUGCAAAGAGGGCGAGAAACAUCAGAAACUCUCCAUCUUUAGCCCUGCUCCAACCAGACACUCGUUCGACGCCUCAUAUUUCCAAGAUCAUCGGUUUACCACUGGCUUUAGACAGUCGAUAAUAUCCCGAUUCCCUCUUUUUAAGAAGCGGUUAUCCGUGCCGGAUGCCGUGUUAUCAAAACCCCCACCUCCCCCCAGCGCUUUACAUAUAUUCCCUCAAGACUACACUGUCGAGGCCAGAGUAGAGUCUGCGGCUUCAUCCGAGGCCCCAUCUCCAGCUCAGCUGGAAAUUCCCGAAACCGAAGAACUGAUUGAUAUGGACUCAGUCGCCCGAAGCCUAUCAUGCUCAAUUCUGAUAACCUUGCGAGAGAUUCAUGAAGGCCAAAAGAAAAGGCAUCUGCAAUUCAAGGAACAAAACAUGAUGCCCUUAUUGAAGCGAAGCGGAGGCAGAAUCACGAAAACGAAGCGGCACUUGAGUCCCAGGCAAGCAAUCCCUAAGAAAAGAUCAUUUUUCAAUGUUGAAGAGUUGCAUACUAACGAGUCCGUAAAGAACGCUGUUAGAGCAGCCCGGAUUGAGGAGAGGGACCUCGUUGCUGAAAUAUCCCUUGUUGCAGAGCUACAGCAUGAGAAAAAAUCUCUCCAAACCAGCAUACGACACAUGGAGGCAUACUUCAGUACUCCACCUCCUAGCCUAUCAUCCGAUAAAAAUGAUUUCUAUGCCAAUCUCCAACCACGCGAGUUUACUAACCAGAAACGAAGACGCUUAUUCCAAAGCUACCACGAACUUGCUACGCUUGACGCACUGCAUCGAUCGAAAAUAAAAGUCCUGAGGGAUAGACAAGCCAGGGCUUUUGAAGAGUCAUGGCAGGCGAUGGAGCUUGAUUCUAUUGAACUUGCUAAGAAGAACAGAGAAAUUUUGGAGAAUCUUGAAAGGCAAAAACAAAAUGAAACCGUGGCAGUGUUGGCAUGGUUAGAUGGCAAGAAACGGGAACUUAUCUAUAGGUGGGAACUGGAGGAAAGGAUUGCGAGAAAGAGGUUGGAGGAGGAGACUGGGCUGACUUAUGGCCCUUUGCCUACAAUAUCAUUCAACGAAGGCGAAUACGAUGGCCUCGCCUCGGAUAUUUGA